UCACGUGAUAGAACUCACGAAGUGAUGGCCAAUCUAGUUUGCGAAUCUUCAAUCUAAUACUGGUUUUUCAACCUGUUUCAAAGUGUGGCUAUUUAAGCGAGAAUCCAGCUGUUGUUUUCAUUAAGAAAACUCAAGGUGUAGCAACUUAUGCAGCGAAACAGAAUUGAAGAUGGCAGUGAUUGAGAGUAAAGCCUUCAUUUCUGAACUGCACUCAAAAUAUGCAGAAAAAGCAUGGAAUGAGACGUUUCAACUGGUUCGCAGGUGUAUGGACAAAUCGAGAGGUGACCCCAAACCCUGUGAACCACUGAUUAGGUGUCUCACAGGACUGCAUGAAGCCCUGAAAGUGUCCUCUUUGAGUGCCAUGGUAUCGCGGUUGGAGAUGAUUGCCAAACAGAGAGGAAUGGGGUCCCACCUUAGCCACACUGAGACAACCUGUUACCUCACAGCUGAUAUGUUCUACAUAGAGGUUUUACUGCUACCUGGGGGAGGAGUAGAGAAGGUCAAGGUGGCCCAACAUGGAGAAGCCCUUAUGUCAAACGAGUCUCUACUUCAACUGCUGAGAUCAAAGAAGUUUGAAGAAUUCUCAGUGAAAUUGGAAGACCUUAUUUCUUUGUACAACAUCCCUGGAGACAAUGAAACCAAGAUCAAGGUAUAUACAGCCCUUCAGUGUUUGGGGAAAGAUCUACAAAAGAUAUCCCAUUUGCCAAGACCACUAAGAGAGUACAAUGUUCAAGUGGAUAUGAUUCUCAAUGGCAGGAUUGGUUAUCUUACUGGAGGGAUAGAAGGUAUCCCAAUGACUAUCCAGUACUACAUCAGCCCAUCUGACAUUCUAUUGGAGUUGUCAGAUUCAGAGAGGGAUCGUGUUGACCGGGUGGCCUUGGUGACAGUGGGGCCAACUGACUGUACAUACAAGCUCCAGAUGGCAUCUCUCAUCCCACAGCCACCAGAGAUUGAUGCCCAUGGUCUACCUUUGUUCAUUCCUCUUUGUGAUGUGCCCUCUGAAAUGGUAUCAGCCUGCUUCCAGCUCAAACUGCAUCCACCCUUACCAAUGUUUCGGUUCUUUAUCAAGAUGCUCAGAGAAAUUACAGAUAUUGUUAUAGCUGAUGCUGACCUGCAGUGGGCACCCUUUCCCCAGCUGCUGUGGAUGUUAUUACGGGAAAAGAGGGACAACCAAACGUGGGAUGGCCAGGAUGCCCACUUUUUUGUUCCCCUCCCUGGUAGAGAGAUGCACAGCUAUGUGUUUCCAGGGGCUGCUUGGAAUCAAGCUGCUCUGAAGGGGGCGCUAGUGUGUACCAUUCCUUUCACCCACCCUGCCCAUGUCCCUCCUCUACUGGAGUUGCUCCGCCACCAGUGUGCUAUCAACACACUACUGGCCAGCUGCAUUACUUCCCACAGGCCCAGUCCAGAUCUUGUGUGUGAACUACAUUGUGAGGUCCUCCCUGAGUCAAACUCGAGCGUCUCUUUGACCUUUCACCUACCUUACAGCGACUCUCUAUCAGUUUUGCUGGUGAAUGUGUCAGACUCCAGGCGGCUCAUUUGCAGUCUGUUUGAAGCGGGGUCCGAGGAUCGAUCCAUGAAUGAAUACAUCUCUAAAGUCCUUAAGAGGUGCAUGUCUUUUCCUGUGACUAUGCGGGCUUUGAAGGGGAGGCUGGCUAAGAGGAGAAGUGGAAUAUCUAUACCUGCAUGCUCCUUCACAGUAUCCGGUGGAGAUGAAAACCCUGCUUCUGUCCCAAUGAUAUGUGAGACUGAGAACAAUUCCACUUCAGGCCCUGGCCCAGAGACCGAUGACAUCCCUAUCACCCAAUCUACCCCUUCUGUGUUCUCCCAGGAUGCAAUGGAGCUGAAUGCCACCCCAAUGGAGGCAGAGUUGGCUUACUGUAUGUCUGUAGACACAUCUCAGUCUGUUACAGAAGUCAAUACAAAGCCUCUUACCCACCCUUAUCUCUGUGUUUCUGUGGGUGUGUAUUCACAUUGGAUGGCUAACAACCAACUCCCAGAAGUCCUAUAGAGUUAAAACUUUUUGUAGUCAUACUUUAUUUAAGAACCGUUCAAUAAAAAAUAAAGAAUUGUAAUGCUUGUUAAUGUAACUUCUCCAAAAAAAAUCAGCAAAUAAGCAGAUCCUUUGAAAUGUUUUACAUUUUGUUAUUGGGUUUGAAACCCAAGCGUGUUACGUCUGUUUUCUGUUCAAAGGUUUGGGGUCACUUUGAAAUAUCCUUGUUUUCCAUUAAAAUGUGCACAUAUACAAAUA